AAUGAUGUCGUUCAAUACCAACAGUGUGUCAAACUGAAGGUACACGUUAACACCCACAACUCCACCCAGCUACACAAGUCUUUCUCAUGAUUGGAAUUGUCACUUGUAUCAGUUGUUGAAUGUCAUCGCUGUAAAGGCUGAGGCACUGAUGACAAUGACCUGAAGCAACAACAACAAAUAAACAACCAACAAACAUCCAGAGAAACUGACAACAUGAGUCUCCUGCUUCCUGUUCUACUGUGUGUGAUCACUAACACUGUUCUGGUUUCAGGUUCCUCUCUAAGUGAUAAAGUGCGCCAGACUCCAGCUGACAUGUACAAGAACAAAGACAAAAAUGAAACUGCUGAAAUCAUCUGUUCACAUAGUAUUGACAGUUAUAACAGAAUCCUCUGGUACAAACAGUCAGACGAUGGACAACUGAGGUAUCUGGGAUAUAUGGUAGGUAACACUGCCAACCCAGAGACUGGAGCUGGAGUCAAAAUGAAUGGAGGUGCUAACAAAGGGGAGAACUGCACUUUAACCACUGAAGCACUGGAGCUGAAAGACAGUGCAGUUUACUUCUGUGCUGCUAGUUUACACAGUGUCACACAUCACUGCUCCUCAGUACAAAAUCCUCAUCAUCACACCCUAGUCAUCAGUCAAAAACCAUUCACACCACAGUACCCAAAGUUGAUGAUGUCACGUCUCCACCCCUCUGAUCACAUAGGUCUUGCUUUAACACUCAGUGAUCAUUUCUGCUGGAGUUAUUCCAAUGGCCCAACGUGUCAUCAUUAUCACUCUCUUAUCCCUGGGGUUUCAAGUUCACUGCCAGUAUGUGACCCAACACCCUGCCAUAGGUUGGAGUUCUGUCUCCGGUUCAGUAGAGAUGAACUGUAGCCACAACAGAGAUGCGGGUCACACCCAGAUGUACUGGUACAGACAGCCUCCCGGGCAGACCAUGACCCUAGUUGUCUACACGAUUUACAGAGGACAGACAGAUUAUGGAAAAGAAGUAAAUAAAGCCAAGUACACGGCCGUC